CGAGCGAUGUAUCGACUCCUCUAAAUUCCGCGAUAUCGUAAAUUGCAUAUUGCGAAACAGUGCGUGUGUAUUCUCUGCUACUGAACGCGUUUAUGACGUGGAUUCUUUUCUUCACAAAAAUUAAUUACGUUGCUUACGAAAAAGCAAAGCGGAAACGGAGGAAAACAUCGAAAACUCGGCGCAGUACGCGUGCGAGCAGCUAGAGGGCAACACGAAUCGAUUACCACUCCGCUAAUGGCUUAUUUCACUUAACACGCCUUUCCGUGUGGCAAGCUGGUAUGCUGUGUAUCGUGAUUAGCUUUUCACGGCUAGAGAUCGACAGGGAAGAAUGAAGCUCCGCGGCCCGUGACCAGUGAGGGGUGAUCGGUUUGCAUGCCAAUUCGCGAUCUGUUCUUGGCGUCAAGACAUAAACUGUCACCAGAAGCUGUUGGUCCUCCAAUUUCUUGGGGGCCAGUGGUGUCAGUGACACCAGAGAAUAAUACGAGCUGCUAGCGUGAAGAAGUGCAGUGAAGUUGGCUUAGGCCAACGUUGGUGGACGAGGCAAAAUGGCAACAAUAGAUGGCCGACCAGCCCAAUAUGGUGUCACUCUUAAGCAACUUCGUGAACUCAUGCAGGUCCGAGGGCGUGAAGGAGUUGAACAAAUCAAUAGCCAUGGUGGUGUGCAAGAGAUUUGUAAAAAAUUAUAUACUUCACCCAGCGAAGGUCUCAGUGGAUCAGCAGCAGAUAUCCAACAUAGAAGGGAUACAUUUGGUUCCAAUUCAAUACCUCCAAAACCACCAAAAACGUUUCUACAGUUAGUAUGGGAGGCUCUGCAAGAUGUUACGUUAAUAAUCUUGGAAGUAGCAGCAUUGGUUUCAUUAGGUCUUAGCUUUUAUCAACCAGCAGAUGAUGAAGAAAAACCUUUGAUAGACGAGGAUGAAGCGAAAUACGGUUGGAUCGAAGGAGCUGCUAUAUUUAUUUCUGUGAUCUUGGUGGUAAUAGUAACAGCUUCCAAUGACUAUUCUAAGGAAAAACAAUUUAGGGGUCUCCAGAGUCGGAUAGAAGGAGAACAUAAAUUCUCCGUCAUUCGGCAAGGGGAGGUCAAACAGAUCUCUGUAUCUGACAUCGUUGUGGGUGACAUAUGUCAGAUAAAAUAUGGAGACCUGCUGCCAGCAGAUGGUAUCCUUAUACAAAGCAACGAUCUCAAAGUGGAUGAAUCCAGUUUAACAGGAGAGUCAGAUCAUGUUAAAAAAGGAGAAUCGUUUGAUCCCUUUGUACUCUCAGGUACACAUGUGAUGGAGGGUUCUGGGAAAAUGUUAGUUACUGCAGUAGGUGUUAACUCACAGGCUGGUAUUAUCUUUACUUUGUUGGGUGCUGCUGUUGAUCAACAAGAGCAAGAGAUCAAGAAAAUGAAGAAAGAGGCUAAGAAGCAGCGGAAGAAGAAGUCAUUAACAGGAGAUGAAGCUGGAGAAAUAACUGGAAACAGCCAUGUGAGCAGUGGCAAGCACGAGGGUGGGGAGAACCAUCACGCAGCCAGCCAUAGUAGCGGUGCAGAAGGAAAGAAAGAGAAGAGUGUUCUUCAAGCCAAGCUAACUAAACUUGCCAUACAAAUCGGUUACGCCGGCUCGACUAUAGCAGUGCUUACCGUUGUCAUUCUAGUCAUUCAGUUCUGUGUAACGACGUUCGUUAUACAAGGGAAACCUUGGAAGAAUACGUACGCUGGUGAUCUGGUGCGGCAUUUGAUCAUUGGUGUAACAGUACUUGUUGUCGCCGUUCCCGAAGGUCUUCCUCUGGCUGUUACCUUGUCUCUCGCUUAUUCCGUUAAGAAAAUGAUGAAAGACAACAACUUGGUGCGUCACUUGGAUGCCUGUGAGACUAUGGGUAACGCCACGGCAAUAUGUUCCGACAAGACUGGCACUCUAACUACCAACCGGAUGACCGUCGUUCAGUCGUACAUAUGCGAGAAGAUGAGCAAAACAAUCCCACAGUUCUCGGAGAUACCCAGCCACGUUGGAAACUUAUUACUUCAAGCUAUUUCUAUUAAUUCGGCGUACACAUCCAGAACAAUGCCCUCGCAGGACCCUACAGAGUUGCCGCUGCAAGUCGGCAAUAAAACCGAAUGUGCCUUACUUGGAUUCGUAGUAGCCCUGGGCAUGAAUUAUCAGACGAUACGAGACGAUCAACCAGAAGAAACUUUCACGCGGGUGUACACGUUCAAUAGCGUUAGGAAGAGCAUGUCCACUGUCAUACCGAGGAAAGAUGGUGGAUAUAGGCUCUUCACCAAGGGCGCUUCCGAGAUCAUCAUGAAGAAAUGUGCCUUUAUAUACGGUCAUGAAGGUCGUUUGGAGAAAUUUACCAGAGAUAUGCAAGAGCGUCUGGUGGAGAACGUGAUAGAGCCGAUGGCGUGCGACGGUCUCCGUACCAUCUCCAUCGCUUACCGCGACUUCGUUCUGGGUAAGGCGGAGAUCAACCAGGUUCACAUCGACAACGAGCCGACCUGGGACGACGAGGAAAAUAUUGUGAACAAUCUGACCUGUCUGGGUAUCGUCGGUAUCGAGGAUCCUGUGCGUCCUGAGGUGCCGGACGCAAUUAGAAAGUGUCAAAAGGCUGGGAUCACUGUGCGUAUGGUGACUGGAGACAAUAUAAACACAGCGCGUUCCAUAGCUCUGAAAUGUGGCAUCCUGAAGCCAAACGAGGACUUCCUGGUUUUGGAGGGAAAAGAUUUCAACAGAAAGAUCAGGGACAACAACGGAGAAGUACAGCAACAUCUGUUGGACAAAGUGUGGCCGAAAUUAAGGGUGUUAGCCAGAUCGUCACCAACAGACAAAUAUACGUUGGUGAAAGGCAUAAUUGAUAGCAAAGCGACUGUGAGUCGCGAGGUUGUUGCCGUGACUGGUGACGGUACGAACGAUGGCCCGGCCUUGAAGAAGGCCGACGUCGGCUUCGCCAUGGGCAUAGCCGGCACAGACGUCGCAAAAGAAGCCUCCGAUAUCAUAUUAACGGACGAUAAUUUCUCGUCGAUCGUGAAGGCGGUUAUGUGGGGUAGAAACGUCUACGAUAGUAUAGCGAAGUUCUUGCAGUUUCAGCUGACCGUCAAUAUCGUCGCUGUUAUAGUUGCUUUUAUCGGGGCAUGUGCCGUGCAAGAUUCGCCUCUUAAAGCGGUGCAGAUGUUGUGGGUGAACUUAAUCAUGGACACGUUAGCGUCGCUCGCAUUGGCCACCGAAUUGCCUACACAUGAUCUUCUUCUACGUAGACCGUACGGUCGCACGAAACCGCUCAUCUCCAGGACAAUGAUGAAGAACAUUCUCGGUCAAGCUGUCUAUCAGUUGACUGUAAUUUUUAUGCUUCUUUUCGUUGGCGAUAAGAUGCUCGACAUCGAAACAGGCCGAGGAGUCGCACAGGCUGGCGGCGGUCCAACGCAACACUUCACCGUCAUCUUCAACACGUUCGUCAUGAUGACUCUUUUCAACGAAUUUAACGCCAGGAAAAUCCAUGGUCAGCGUAAUGUCUUCCAAGGAAUAUUCACCAACCCCAUCUUUUAUUCUAUCUGGGUCAUGACAUGUCUAUCGCAGGUAGUUAUCAUACAAUACGGUAAAAUGGCGUUCAGCACGAAAGCUCUCACAUUAGAACAGUGGAUGUGGUGCCUGUUCUUCGGAGUCGGUACUCUAUUGUGGGGCCAAGUAAUUACGACUAUUCCUACGCGCAAGAUUCCUAAAAUCCUUUCAUGGGGCCGCGGCCAGCCGGAUGAUAUCGGUGCGAUCAAUCUCGGAGAUGAGAAAUUCGACCCUGACUCGGAUAAAAUGCCGCGCUCAGGACAAAUUCUAUGGAUCCGUGGUCUAACACGACUACAGACACAGACGAGCAAUAGAACUCUGGUGCAGAAUGUAUCUGUGACAGGCAGAUCCCCCUCUCAGGAUUACUAUAUGAUCCGUGUAGUGAACGCAUUUCGGCAGGGCACAGACCCGCGCUACAGGAGCGAGCACAGCAGCAACACUUUGGGGGAGGUACUGAAACAGUCGAAGCGGCUUUCGCAGACGAGCAGCAUCGAAUACGCCGACAACAACCCGAACGAGCUGCCCAUACCAAUAGAUGUGGAAAGGCUUUCAAGUCACAGUCACACCGAGACCGCCGUUUAGACAGUGGAAGGGGGGAAAUGUAAUUCAGCAACUACAGCAGCCACGACGACUGUCAUCGUUGUGCCAUGUUCGAUCCUCUCUGACGAUGUGUAAAAACAUACACACACGCGCGCACACACACACAAACACAAACACACAAACACAGACACAUACCAACAGAAAAAAAUCCUCAUCCUUAUUUUUUUCUCGUGGCCAGCGCAUUCAAAAUGAACAUGCACAGGCACACACUGGAUACACUAGAUCGUGCAUCGUUGUUGAUCCUCGGGCAUGAAGGAGGAAGGGGAUCAUUCCUAACCUAGUCAAGAAUGAAAGAAAAAAGAAAAAAGUAAAAUCGUGACGCGAGUCAGGUCCUCGUCAUUAUCUCCAUGCUUUUAUGUUUCUUACCGUUGAUCGAUAAUAAGUACAGCGUCCGUCAGGAUUAAAAUGGUAAAGAUAAAUUCGACGAAUAACGACGAUGACGAUGACAAUGACCUUCUGCCCACGAGACGUUGCGGACACACCUCAGUUGAUCCGUGCGAGACACCAAUUAACAAGAUUUACCAAAGUAACGCACCACUGCCUUCCCUCUGUGUUUAGUUGUUAUUUAUGUUUACUUCAUUUUUGUUUCUUCUAUCCUUGUGUAUGUUUUUCUAUUUUACCCAUCAGCGAUUACUUCUUUUUAUUUCCACUUUUUUUCUUAUUGUCCUUUUCUAUUUCAUGUCCUACCCCUUCUACGAUUUCUCUCUCGACAAUUGCACACAGCAUGGAAUGAUCGUAGCAGAGGUAUGGAGAGGGCAAGAGGAGAAGGAAAAUGUAGACACUCACUGUGUAAAGGUGAUUUCCAUUGGUGUGACAAUUUCCAAAUGGAAAAAAUAAAUUUGAAAGAAUUGUUUUUUGUGUUAUUUGUUCAUUAAAAGAUUCAUGGAUUUUCCUUCUCUCUUCGACUGUUCACCAUUACAUUCGUCACGUGCAAUCCGAUUUCUUUACCGCCAUCUACUUGUACCUAUCAAACUGUUCUUGUCUAUUAUGUGUUUUUCUUCUCUUUCUACCUCGCACAAUAUUUCCUACACUAUUCUUUGCCUUCUUCUUUUGCUGCUUUCCUUUUUUUUAUCUAUUUGUCUAUCUGCCUGUCUCUCCGUUUCUCGCGUGACUUAAAAAUGAUCUAGUCACUAGUUUGUAUUGUCGCUGUACUACUUCCGUGAAUUAUACUCAGCACUGGGGGUGCCUUACUGAAGAGAAACAAAGAUAAGAAAUGGAAAAAACGAAACAAAAUAAAAUGAAUUGCGCAUUGUUUUUUAGUCUUACUUCGCGUG